AUGGAUAUCCGACCAAAUCACACGUUGUAUGUGAAUAAUCUAAAUGACAAAGUAAAGAAAAACGAUUUGAGAAAAGCACUAUAUUAUAUAUUUGGUCAACAUGGUCGACUAAUUGAUAUUAUAGCUAUGAAAACAAUGAAAAUGCGUGGACAAGCAUUUAUUAUUUAUCAAGAUAUUGCUUGUGCAACGCAAGCUUAUCGUUCAUUACAGGGAUUUCAGUUGUUUCAACGACCUAUGCGAGUAACGUAUGCUAAGAAAGACUCGCAACAAAUUAUCUGUUUGAAAGGUGUCAGUGCUGAAGUUCAAAAGAGACGUGAAGAAGAACGCGAAAAACGUAGACGAAAGAAAAUGGCACAACGUGCUGCAGCGGUAGCAGCGGCUUUACAAGCAGCUAAUCAAUCAGUAAAUGGUCCAGCGGGUACCGGUGGAGAUAUCAAUGCAUUGUUAGAUCAACCAAAUCAUAUUUUAUUUGUUAGCAAUUUACCAGAAGAAACUACUGAUGCUAUGCUUACAAUGUUAUUUAGUCAAUUCUCGGGAUUUAAAGAGGCUAGACGUGCUGCUGGUGGAGUUGGCUUUGUCGAAUAUGAUACUGAAUCACAAGCUGCUGCUGCGCGAUCUGCUUAUGAAGGAUUUAAACUGACACCGACUCAUGCUAUGCAAAUUACAUUUGCUAAGAAAUAA